AUGAGGCUGCGGAGGCAGAAGAAGGGCGUGGUCUCCUUCCUGGGGGAUUUUCUGACUGAAUUACACAGGUUGGCUUCAGCCAUCCCGGAUGAUCUGGAUGGCAACACCAACAAGAGGAGGAAGGAGGUCCAAGUUCUGCAGGAAAUGCAGCUGCUCCAAGUGGCUGCCAUGAAUUACAGGCUACGGCCUCUGGAGAAAUUUCUCACCUGUUUCUCAAGAAUGGAGCAGCUCAGUGACAAGGACAGUUACAAGCUGUCCUGCCAGCUGGAGCCUGAAUUCCAGUAA